AUGCAUCACCCCACGUCACUUUGCGCCGUCGCAACGGCAGUACUGGCGAUUCUGCCAGGCGCUCAAGCCGGCUUCUACCCGAAGGCUUCAAGCGUGCUGCAGAUCAAUGGCAAGACCUACAAAGACUUGGUUGCCAAUUCCAACAAAACGACUAUACUCGAAUUUUAUGCACCAUGGUGCGGUCACUGCCAGAACCUGAAGCCAGCGUACGAGAAGGCUGCGAAGAACCUUGAAGGUCUAGCAAAUGUGGCAGCAAUCGAUUGCGAUGAUGAAAUGAACAAGCCUUUCUGCGGCUCCAUGGGUAUCCAGGGCUUUCCCACUCUCAAGAUUGUGCGCCCGCCCUUGAAUAAAGGAAAGCCAUUGGUGGAGGACUACAACGGCCCGCGCUCGGCUGCUGGGAUUGUUGACGCCGUAGUCGAACGCAUCAACAACCAUGUCAAGAGGGUGACGGACAAGGACCUCGACGAAUUUCUUGACAAGACCGAUGGGCCCAAGGCAAUUUUGUUCACCGACAAAGGCACCGUUAGCGCACUCCUCAAGGGUGUUGCGAUCGAUUUUCUAGAUGUCAUCAAGAUUGCGCAGAUCAGAAGCAAGGAAAAGGGGGCUGUCGAAAAAUUUGGCAUUGAGAAGUUUCCCACCCUGAUACUCAUCCCAGGAAAGGGGCAGGAGCCAAUCAAGUACGACGGCCCGGUGAAAAAAGCAGAUAUGGUGAAAUUCUUGUCUCAGGCUGGUGCGCCAAACCCUGACCCGGCACCGGCAAGUACCAAGAAAGCGGACAAGAAGUCAAAGAAGGCUAGCACCAAGAAGGCUGAGCCUGAGGACACACCAUCUGCCGAGGAGCCCGAGUCGACCGAGACUGUCAAGACUCCUGUUAUCACUGAGGUUGCACCGCCAAUCCCCACCAUUCAUGAAGCCAGCAAGCUGGCUAAGGAGUGCCUCAGUGAGAAGUCAACUACUUGUGUGCUCGCGUUCGUGCCCGCUGAGGCCGACCGCAGCAAGGAUGUUGAGGCUGCUCUUAACUCUUUGGCAGACAUUGUGCACAAGUACGCACAGGCCAAACGCAAGCUGUUUCCAAUCUUUGCCAUUCCGAGCAGCAACCCUAGCAGCUCGACCGUCAUCAAGGCAUUGGAGCUCGGGGACAAGCCUAUGCAACUGGUCGCUAUCAACGCAAGGAGGAACUGGUGGAGGCAGUAUCCCGGUGAGGAUUUCAGCGCUCAGGGAAUCGAGAACUGGGUGGACGCGAUUCGUAUGGGUGAAGGCGCCAAGAAGAAGCUACCUGAGGGUCUUGUAGCCGAGGCUGCGGAGGCUACUGGAGCUGAAGACAAGGCCGGUACUGCCAGCGAAUCGUCCAGCGAGACCAAGGGCUCUGACCCUGUGCCAGAGCCUGAGACUGCGAAGCCAGCCGAGACGCCUGCUACUGAGCAUGACGAACUGUGA